AACUUACAAAGCGUAGGAAAAUAUAGUGUGUUAAAAAGGAUAGACAAGACACAAAGAGUUGUAGAUUUUCACCUUUACUAUAAUUAUUUACCACUAUUGCAACACCUUGUACUGUUAUAUCCAUCCUCAUUGCUUCGCCGUAGACAAGCUAAAAAGCUGCAAUAAAUAAAAUUGCGAUGGCCAUGGCUUGGCCAUCCCAAUUUUAACUUACUUUUGAGACAGGAAAUAAACAGGAAAGUGAUGGUUUUCAGGAUGAAGUUACUAAUUAUGACUGUGCUAUUUUACUAUGGGUGCUGUGAGGACACGGUGACUGUGAGGGAGCCCCCCGCGCGCCCCGCGCCCCCCGCCAACAGGAUCGUCAGGGGACACCCCACCACCGUCAAGACAUACCCUUACAUGGCGUAUUUAAGUUCAUUUUUUACGAUGCGUGGUCAGAAGCCGCUGCUGUUAAACUGUGGGGGCGUGAUACUCACACAGCACCACGUGCUCACCGCUGCGCACUGCUUAAAUCUAAAAAUCAAUGACACUACAGCUGCUACUGGCACUACCAUCUUGAGGGCAUCUGAAGUUGUCAUUCGCGUCGGAUCCACCUACAAAGACCGCGGAGGCUCAGAGCAUGCGACGUCCAAGACCGUGGUCCACGAGGACUACCAACAUUCGAUGGGUUUCGACAACGACGUGGCAGUGUUGGUGCUGCCGACCAGUGUGAGCAACUACCGGAGCAGCUCGGUGCAGCCAGCCGUAAUCCCCCCGGGGGGGUAUGUGGUCCCGGACAACGCGUCUGUGGUAGCUGUCGGGUGGGGACUGACUGAUAUGAACUGCAACAAGUCAACCCCCCUCGGCCUGCGGCACGUGGGGCUGCGCACGGUGGACCGAGACACCUGCGCCGCGCGGUGGGGGCAGGAGGUCCCAGAACUCCCCGACUCCAUGCUCUGCGCGGGGCUGCUUGGUGUUGGAGGAGCCGGUAUCUGUAUGGGUGACUCCGGUGGUCCCCUGGUGUACAACGGGGUGGUGGUGGGGGUGUCCUCGUUUGUUAAGACAUGCGACGAUUCCUUCUACCCUCAAGUAUUCAUGCGCGUCUCUAGCUACACCGACUGGAUCAACAACACUGUAAGUCAAAACCAGGUUGUGGUUGUGCACAAGAACAGUCACAACACCGCCGUGGCAGCUGACGUCACCAGGUUGAUGCUACUCGCCUUCGCAACGUCAAUUUGGAUAAUGUAUUCCGAAUUCUCAUUAUUUUUUUAAGUAGGACCAACUUCUACCAUGUAUUUCUGUUUCGAUGGUAAGGCCCCAAAACUUUAGUUAAAUUAGGAGAUGCGUGGUCAGAGGCUGCUGGGGGGUUACUGUGGGGGCGUGAUACUCACACAGCACCACGUGCUCACCGCUGCACACUGCUUAUUUCGGUGUGAACCCUUUGCCACUGUAGUAUCAAGUCAUGCGGUGAAUGAUCUAGGUACUUUACACCAUACCAUUAAAUCUUUCCAGAAUAAUCAAUGACACUACCAUCUUGAGGGCAUCUAAAGUUGUCAUUCGCGUCGGAUCCACCUACAAUGACCGCGGAGGCU